CCGCCUCCCCCGUCCACGCCUAGCUUAGCUAGCUCCGGAUCUUGUGCUGCCUCGGCGACGGCGACCUGAGGGCUAGCUAGCCACCUAGUCGGCCUCGAGCAUGCAGGCGGUGGGCAUCCGGCGGGGGCUGACCAUCGACCCGGCGGGGGAGGAGGAGGCGCCCGCGGAGCGCGUGGGCCGCCUCGUCCGGGAGAGCCCCGUCGUCAUCUUCGCGCGCCGGGGUUGCUACAUGGCGCACGUCAUGAAGCGCCUCCUCGCCGCCGUCGGCGCGCACGCCACCGUCAUCGAGCUCGACGCCGGCGCCGCCGAGCUGGAGGAGCUCGACGCCGGCGCCGAGGCGGGCCACGGCGCCGUCCCGGCGCUCUUCGUCGGCGGCGCGCCCGUGGGCGGGCUCGAGGGCCUCAUGGGGCUCCACCUCAGCGGCCGCCUCGUGCCGCGGCUCAGGGAGGUCGGCGCCCUCUGCGCCUAGCUCCCUCCCACACGUGUGGGCACUUCGCCGCACGCUCCGUUCCAAAGGCCUCGCCUCUCCCCGCAUGUACAUACUUCCAACGGGCUCCGCCUCCGCAAUUUGGACGAGAUUCAGGGCGCGGGAUGCAAAACUACACUACAAUAAGUUACCACCACCACUACUCCACCAGGCUACCAGAGGGAGGUGUUUGCGAGGGGAAACAGUUUACCAGGGGGUUUUCCGAGAAAUAUCUGGACCUAAAUGUGAUUACUUAGGAGUAAUACUUGUUUUUACAGCAUUACUACUAAGUACCUAGUUCAUGUGCUUCUAUUUUGUCCCGAUGUGAUGUGCUUUGUUAAGUUCGGUGCAUGUACUUAAACUAGCACACAUGAUUGCCGUAUAAUCCUACUUGGAAGAUGCAUGAUCAACUA